AUGGCGACUCCCGGCUACACGGAGGAGCUCCAGCCCUCCCAGACUCAAGGGGGCAGCAUAACAACGGUGAAAAGCGGCCAGCAGAAAGCUGGUCCUGGCGUCACUCCCACCUACCUUCCUGACUUGCAGAGCUCGUCUAGCUCCUCCCCGUCACAGACUGGCCUUUCCUCCAGAAUAGCACAGACCACACCCCCGGGGAUACUAAAGAAGGCUGUCCUGACCACGCCCACUCACGUUACCUUGGCGAAUGCGCAGUACACCGUGUCUGAGAUUCAGAGCUCUGCAUCCGGGUCCAGCAACGGCCAAAACACACCACAGUACAUAGUGGUGACCGUUUCAGAAGGAUCCAACCAUUCCAACGACUCUGUGUCAGAGUCCAGUCCACCUCCGACCGUCCAGACGGGUGUGCCAACACACGUGGUCCAGACCGCACAGCAGAGGUCAGUAGUACAGACCACAGCCAAGAGCAGCGGCCAGCACGGAGUCGGAAACCUGCACGUUACUCCUGAGAUCUCACAAGUAGGGCAUGUAUACGCCAGCCAGGUUCAGUAUGUGGAUGCAGACGGCAACUACAACACCACACCCAUUCGUUCCAGUACUUACCCGUUCACAGAGUCGUCCCUGUAUGGCCAGGCCACACCCUCCGGCCCGUACUACGACGAUCCUCCCACAACCGGGUCGCAGGUCUCCACCCCUGUGACUUCGCAGCCGGUUUCCGUGACUACAGGAUUCUCAGGGGGUGGUACAGGGGUUACUGUGGUAUCAGGAGCGUCCUCUUCAGGUGGAGGUGGAGCCGGUGCUGGAGUUGUGGCUGGGGUCGGGGCCGGGAGUGUGUCUAGCGGGGGAGGGGUGGGGGCUUAUGCGAUUCCUGCCAACUACGUGAUGGGAAGCGGAGGCCAGAACUACAGCCACAACAUACGUGCAUCACCUGCUACUGUGCAAUGGCUAUUGGAUAACUAUGAGAAGGCAGAGGGUGUCAGUCUGCCCCGCUGCACGCUAUACUAUCACUACCUGCUGCACUGUCAGGAGGCCAAGCUGGAGCCCGUCAAUGCCGCAUCAUUCGGCAAACUCAUCCGCUCCUUGUUCAUUGGCCUGCGCACCCGCCGCCUCGGCACGAGAGGGAACUCGAAGUACCACUACUACGGCCUUCGGAUCAAGAGCAGCUCCCCCCUGCACCGGCUCAUGGAGGACCAGCAACACCUGGCCAUGAGACAACAGCCCUUCUCACACAAGCACAGGAUAAGACCAGUGCAGAAGGUCGAGGGAAUGACCAACGGGAUGGCCAUGGGGGUGGGGCAAGGAGGAGGCCAGGGGGUGGGGCUGUUUGACAUCAGCUCCCAAAUUCAGCAAUAUCAGCAGUUUUUGGAUGCAUCCCGCUCUCUUCCUGAGUUCCCAGACAUCGAUCUCCAGGGAAAGACUCUGCCAGAAGGGAUUCUUCCUGAGCAUAUCCGAGCCUUCCAGCAGCUCUAUCGUGAACACUGUGAGGCCAUAGUGGAUGUGAUGGUGAACCUGCAGUUUCCUCUGGUCGAGACUCUGUGGAAAAGCUUCUGGAGAUUCAGUGAGGGACAAACCGGCGACGCAAUCGACCUUCACAGUGAAUCAGAGAAGCGACUCCCGAAAGCAUGUCUGGUUCUGCUGUGCCAGUACGAGCCGGUUCUCCAGUGGAGCCACAACUGUGACAACACACUCUACCAGACCCUGGUGGAGAUCCUCAUCCCUGAUGUUCUCACACCUAUACCGAGUGCCUUAACCCAAGCCAUCCGCAACUGUGCCAAGAGUUUAGAAAACUGGCUCACCAGUGCCAUGAUGAACAUUCCAGAGGAGAUGGUCCGCAUUAAGGUGGUGUGUGCAGGAGCGUUUGCACAGACGUUGCGCAGAUACACUUCUUUGAAUCACCUGGCACAGGCAGCCAGAGCCGUCCUGCAGAAUUCGGCCCAGAUCACACAGAUGCUCAACGACCUCAACCGAGUGGACUUCAACAACGUGCAGGAGCAGGCUUCAUGGGUGUGUGCAUGUGAAGAGCGCACAGUGCAGAGGAUUGAGCAGGACUUUAAGGUAACACUGCAGCAGCAGAAAUCUCUGGAGCAGUGGGCCGCCUGGCUGGACAGCGUCGUCACACACGUCCUCAAACCUUACACGUCCAGCCCGUCCUUCACCAAAGCUGCCAAACUCUUCCUGCUCAAGUGGAGCUUCUACAGCUCGAUGGUGAUCAGGGAUCUGACUCUGCGCAGUGCAGCCAGUUUUGGCUCGUUCCAUCUCAUCCGGCUGCUGUAUGAUGAGUACAUGUAUUACCUGGUGGAGCACAGAGUCGCUCAGGCCAGAGGAGAAACACCCAUUGCUGUUAUGGGAGAGUUCACCAGCCUAGGCCGUAACGACAGCACAGCAGAUGCAGACAAAGAAGAGGAGGAAGAGGACGAGGACGAGAGCGAUGAAGAUCAGAUGCCUAUUCCGGUCGACUCUACAGCUAUGGGGGAGGAGUCUCUGGAACCGCCCACCAAAUUAGCUAGGACAGACCUGUUCAACAGCACGCACAACUAGCGCUCGCACAUACACACACGCACACACACACACACACACACACACAGAUAUAUACAGAUUUAGCUCUGUGUUCUCUCUCUCUCUCUCUCUCUCUCUCUCUCUCAGUGCCAUGCAGUCGUUUGCCUUAUUCAUUAUUGCCUUUUGAGACUUUAUCUGCCAUAGUCUAUAAAUGUAUAAUGCCUUAAAUUAAUUUGAGUGAUAUGCCUUAUAUAUGUCUACGUUACUGCCCGUUAGCAUCUACAUGCACACGCGUACACACUGCCAGUUUAAUCACUUUAGGAACAACAGCUCCUCCCGAUACGUCACCGUUUCUAUAGUAACCACUUGUACACCGGGACGUCAUGCGACUUCAGCGCGAAAAACGUGUGCUUUUGGUAUAUAAAUACGUGUAAACACGACCGAGGAGACGUUUACGUGACGUUUCUAUAGGCUGGAACCGUAACUAUAAUCAUGUUGACGUGUAGCAGAUCAUAGCGAGUUAUUUCGAUAUAUCUCCAGCCUGAAGAUCAAGUCGUUUCAGUUUAUAUUUACUACACUAUAAGAGAUUGUAAAACUUUGGACUGGCAGUGUGUAUAUACGGACAGAGAGAACGUCCUGCGUAGGGUGGAAAAAAGUGUUUUCUGGGGUUUUUUGUUAUUAUUAUAUAUAUAAUGCUCUUUCUGAUGUUAGACUUUAAUAAGUCAUCAAAUGCACUUUUCCCUCCAUAAAAAACCCCCAAAACAGAUUAUUACAGAUUUCCCAUGAAGCCUCGUCAUGGUUGGUGUCGAUCUGCUCCCUGGUUCUAACCUGCUCCUAUUAGCUAUAACGUGUUAGUAGCGACGCUAGCGUGCGUCUUUAUCAUGAAGUGUUCUUGGUGACGAUCGAGAUGUUUCGACCACACGUACAAUCGUAAAAGAAUUUGGCGACAACUAUCGUUGUCCGCGUGGAUGCUAACAUGCUAGUAACGCUUCUGUAAUUCUUUUUUUUUUUUUAAGCGAUCAUGUUACCGUGAAUCCAACCGACUGACUACCCAUGAUGCAUCGCCUAUUUGUUUACGCUUGAUGCCUUUUUGAGUUGCAGUGUACGUUUCUCAUGAAGCUGCCCAUGUGAAUUUUUUUUAUUCCUUUUAUUUUCUUGCAUGCUUAUUUGCCAGAAGAGAGAUUUAAGCUUGAUGCCUCAGUGUAUUAAUUGUACUGCUUGUGCCUUUGGAGAAUAACCUCUGACUGCAGAGAUCUUUAAAUGUAUGAAUAAAUUAAGAUGUUAUAUUGCUUA